GCGCCGCCAUCUUGGCUUCCUGACCUUGGGCGCUGGCUGGCCGCACUCCGGCUUGCCUCCGCGCCGUCAUGUCCGUCCUCACGCCGCUGCUGCUGCGGGGCCUGGCGGGCUCGGCCCGGCGGCUCCCGGUCCCGCGCGCCCAGAUCCAUUCGAAGCCGCCGCGGGAGCAGCUCGGGACCAUGGAUGUCGCCAUCGGGAUCACCUCCUGCUUCCUGUGUUUCCUCCUGCCGGCGGGCUGGGUCCUGUCGCACCUGGAGAGCUACAAGAAGCGGGAGUGAGGUGCUGCCCGCCCUGCCUGCUCCCUGCCCACGCC